AUGAGUCAUUCUCUUGCUGAUCUGUUUAGGGCUCGCCUUUUCCACUCAGAUUCCCUGAAACGUAAAGAAGCAAGUCCCGAUCUGCAUGAAUUCGAGCAUCGAGCCCAAGGCCAGGAAUUCCUGAAGCAAGCCACCAGUUCUAGCGCGCUCAAUUCAAUUCGAGAAGAAGAGCGUAUACUUCCCGAGUCUUACAAAUCGGAGUGUACCUCGAGAGGGAGCCCUGACAGCCUUCAAAAAAGCGCAAAGGGAGGGAAGCUGCGAGGGCUUAAAAAGCGCAUUGCCAGUUUUCCAGAUCUCAAGUUUCGUUCCAGCUCCAGUCUCUCAAGCGAGGAAAAUGCGUUGUCGGAUUCCAACUCUGCCUCUGUCAAUGCCUCAAAAUCUGGCACAAUGCCAUGGUCGAGAAAAAACCAUAAGAGCCGUCUUGAUUGUUCAGGCAUGAGUCCGAAACCACUAGACAUUUCAGCCGUAAUUAACAUUACAAAUGAAGACUCUGAUACGUUUGAUACAAAACCACCGCGACAGCUUUGCGAAAACUAUUCCGAAAAGCGACUCAGCUCGGGCAGCAUGACGAGGAUUAACACUGCAUCUUCAAAUGCGUCUUCAGUACGAGCUGUGCGACAAACUCGAUUCAGAAGACCCAUGAUUCGUUCAAACUCUGAUAAUUACCAAGCAAAGAGUGCUUCAUCAAGCCAACUCAGCUUGAGCUUAAUUAAAAAUGAUGCUCAGGGGACGAACUCUACAUCAGAUGCGGCUGUGGCUAGACGGCGCAGCCGCACCGUCGGUGCCGCUGACUAUGAGGGGAAGGGCAUUCCUCUGAGAGUCAGUCUUGGAAAGUUGAGAAUCAGAUCAAAUAGUGGCUCUGAGGAAAACGUCGUCGUGGACAAAACUGCCGGGGGAACUUCAAACCCGAAAACGUAUCUGGCAGCUCCUGCGACUCAAAGUCGUUCGCGGCGCCCAAGUAACUCCAAGCAGUCAUUUUCAAGUUCGAGGAGAAGCAGUUCUCUAGUUACCGCUCUCAGCAGUUUUGUAACGAUGCGAUCUAUCAGCGUUUCCAGCAGAAGCUCUUCUCCCAAAGUAGUCAAGACUCUUGAUGACUUUUCAAAGCCUUCAGAGCCACUUCCUGACGAUACAGAAGAACAGUAUUUGAAAAGCCUCUCGUCCUACGGUAAGUUCAUAGCAAUUAUACUGGCAACUGACAACGACGCUUUCAAGAUAUCAUGUCUUCACUAUUUUCUCAAGACUGAGUUUGAUUUUAGGAUGGAACCGCUUGAUUUAUCUUUGCGAAAGCUCCUGAUGUUUUUGGAGCUACCAAAAGAGAGUCAGCAAAUCGACAGGGUGCUCAACGAAUUCAGCAAAAUCUACUACGACCAAAACAGGGAUUCGUGUUUCUGGGAAAGUGAAGAAGAGGUGUUUUUUCUUGGAUUUUCUUUAUUAAUGCUGCAUACGGAUGCUUUCAAUCCUAACAACAAAAUAAAAAUGACGAAGCAGGACUUCGUUAAACUCAUGCGGUAUGAUUCCACGUCGGAACUAUCUCGGGUUCCCAGAGAAAUUUUUGAGUACUUUUUCGAUAAUGUUACAGCUCGAGAGUUUUCUCAGUACGAAGAUCUUCACUCUAGCGGUCCUUAUAGCUCUGAAGUGAUAGAUUCUGAACAACAAAGUGGUUUGGAAGUUGAGUAUUCGCCGAGAAAAAUAAUCAAGGAUGGAGGCCUUCAUUAUCGACGUGACAGUGUUGGCAACCAAUCUGAAAAUUUCGAGGGUGUUUUGACGCCUUCUGCAUCCUGCUUGCCUAAUGCUAGCUUUAAUGCUGCUGUCAAUCCGGCAUCGAAGAACGACGCUAUUGACGUCUACUUCCAUAUCAUCAGUGACAGCGUACCAUCAGUCUCACUAUAUUCACAAUUAGGGCCCUCUGCCCACAGUGAUGAUAAUACAGUUAAAGAGAACCUCAAUAAUCGCCAACAUCCGAAGUAUAUUUCCAUCGUUCAAGAAACUAAAGGUGGCUACUUGCGACUGCCCAAGUGCUCGAUAGAAAACAUUCUGGGACCCAACAUGACCACUUUGUCGCCGAGCGGAGAAGAGAGGAACUUUAGAUAUCUCAAAAUUGUGCAGAUGGGAGAAUUUGAGGAGAUGAUUACCAAUCGUAAGUUCUCCAUCGUCGGCAAUGUCAACAGGGUUGUCUUCAAACGAUACUUCGGAAUUCUAACAACAUCCUGCCUUCUGUUAUUUAACGGCAUGGGUUGGAUGGAACCCAAAAUGGUAGUUGAUGAAACUACACAGGUCUCAAAUUAUAUCAUAGAUUGUCCCUCUACUGUUCAGGCUGCUCAAAACUUUGGGUGCGGUAGCCUGUUUGCUAUCGAUGUGCCUUGCUCUGAUAGAGAAUCCAAAGAAGUGGAAAGGCCCAAUGGUCUGAGUGCUGGUCGCUACACUUUGGAUGUUUACAGCAACAACAAAAAGCUCACAUUUGCUUGCCCUAACAAGCAGGAGCGCGACAAUUGGAUAGACGCCAUAAAUGUCACGACAGCACUUGACGGUUGUUUUAUGACGGUUGGUACGAUUUCAGACACGGUGGUGAACAUGCGGAAAAUAAGUCCGGCUGAAAAGCUGGAGAAGCUCCAACGCAACCGCGUUGCACGGGCAAAAAAGUUCGAGCAUAUGCAAAAACUGAUCUUUUUGGUGCGCCGUUCGGUGCCGCUGAAUGCAAAAGUCCGGUCUAGUAUGAUGGAGUAUCUGUUGCAGCUGGAGAGACGCUUCAGCUGGCUCCAAUACGAAGCCUGUAGAAGCGAGGUACUCUCGAGAGUUUUGCAGCUGGUUGGAGAGACAGGCGAAGACGUUGCGGCAGAACUCAACAACGAGCACUCUAUCGAUCAGAGUUUUAUUUUCAAUGAGAGUCUCGAGACGUGCGCAAGUGACACAUUUACAGACGCUGCUCUCGACACGACUUUUGACGGCGAAGGAUUUCUACGAAGCCCAGAGUUGCAUUCCUGUGCCCCUCCUCCUUCUUCUUCUUAG